ACUGCCCCCAAGCGCGGAGCUUCAUGCCGGAAAUGUGAACACACUACAGCAAAGAUGGUGUACUAGAUGUGGCAUUUGUUUUGUAAACCAAAACCAAAAUUACCGCUUCGUUUGGUUAGAGUAGCUGUUAGAAAAGCAGCAAUGCAGCCUGUUAAAUCAGAAAAUGAUUACCGAGAGUACAGAAUUAUAACUCUUGAAAAUGGAAUCAAAGCCACGCUAGUGUCAAAUAUCAAACCGAGCAAAAAUCUUAAGAUGGACAAGAAUGUAAACAUUUCUAAAAAUGGAACUAAACUUGCUGCAACUGCUCUCUGCAUUGGCACUGGUGGAUAUAAUGAUCCUAGUAAUAUUCCUGGCUUGUCCCAUUUUCUUGAGCACAUGGUUUUCAUGGGUUCUGAAAAAUAUCCAGAUGAAAAUGAUUUUGACGUGUUUAUAUCAAAGCAUAGUGGUUAUGACAAUGCCACAACGGAUGACGAGCGGACAACCUACGAAUUUGAGAUUCAGCCAGGACACUUAGAAGAAGCACUAAAGAGAUUCUCUCAAUUUUUCGUUUCACCAUUGUUCAAAGAAAAUUCUGUUGAAAGAGAAAUAAAAGCUGUUGAUAGCGAGUUUAAAGAAAGCCUGCCAGAUGAUCAGUCACGAUUAUUUGCUAUCAUGGCAUGUCUUGCUAGGAAAGACCAUCCGUUUUCAAAGUUUACGACAGGGAACAAAAUCUCAUUGUCUUCACAACCCAAAAAACAGGGUAUAAACGUGAUGAAGCAACUUCGAGAAUAUUUCAAUAAAUUUUACUUGGCAACUCCUGUAACACUAUCCAUAUCUUCUACAGAGACGCUGGACACUCUAGAAAGUUGGGCAAGGAAAUAUUUUUCACCUUUAAAAGCCAGAAAAGAAGUGAUACCUUUAUGCAACAUGACGUUAAAACUAGAUAAUCCUUAUGAAUGUGAACAAUUUCACAAACUUAUUUAUGUUACCUCGGUGAAAGAAACACACGAAUUGCAAUUAAGUUGGAUUACACCGCCAACCAUUGGACAUUAUAGACAGAAGCCACACUACUAUGCGUCGUGGUUACUUGGUCAUGAAUGUAAAGGGAGUGUGUAUUCUUUAUUAAAAAACAAAGGCUAUAUACAAUCGUUAAAUGCAUUUACGGAGUCUUGGUCAAUGAUGUCUCUCUUUUAUUGUAACAUAGUGAUGACUGACAAAGGAGUAAACAACAUUAACGAGAUCAUACAUACUGUCUUUCAAUACAUUACGUUAAUGCAUCAGACUGGCCCAUCAGAAUACGUAUACAAAGAAAUGACAAAAUUAGAUGAGCCCAUGUUUAAAUAUAUGGCACCUGAACCACCUAUCGAACAAGUAGUUAGCCUAGCAGAGAACAUGAUGAAAUAUGAAGAAAAAGACUAUCUUCGUGGUUCGUUUACAAUAUCAGAAUAUAAUCCAGAGCUUAUCCAGGAAUACCUGAAUUAUUUAAGGCGAGAUAAUGUAAAUAUAAUAGUGUUGUCUAAGAAGUUUUCACAUUUGUGCAACGAGAAGGAGAAGUGGUACAAGACUAAAUAUGCUGUACACGAUAUUCCUAGCCAAUGGCUGGAUCCUGAGAAAUGUAGCAAAGUAAACAGUGGUCUUCAUAUCCCAAAAGAAAAUCGGUUUUCAGCUUCUGAUUUUCGUCUAAAGACUACAUCCGAAUCUUCAACUCAACAGUAUCCAAGUAGUAUACAAGAGAACGCGUAUGGAAAGGUUUGGCAUAAAAUUGACAGCAAAUUCCUUCUACCCAAAGUGUUGGCAUACUUCAAUUUCAUCUCACCAUUAAAUAUAAAAUCCUCAUAUUAUUCUGCAUGUUCGGAGUUAUUGGAUCAAGUACUCGACUUCAAUUUAGCAGAACUGUGCUACGAAGGAGAGUCUGCUUUGUUAGGUGCGGAUACAUCAAUGUCUUGUGAUGGUUUUGAAAUUUAUUUUCAUGGGUAUAAUGACAAGCUACAGUCUUUUUUUCAAGAAUAUUUUAACAACUUCAUCAAUAUGGAAGUUACUGAUGUGGCCUUUAACGUAUCAAAGGAAGAAUUAAUACGUUCACACAAAAACGAAUAUAUAGAAACUGACGCUCUGGUUAGUGCAUUAAGGUUAUCAGUUUUGGAAAGUUUUCAUUCGAACGCACUGAGCAAGAUGCAGGAACUAAAGAAGCUAACGUUACAGAAUUUUAAGGAUUACAUCAAAGAAUAUCUCUCACAACUUUAUGUCGAGAGUCUAUUUCAAGGUAACAUAACUGAGCAAGAAGCAGUUAGCUACCAAAAUUAUUUGUAUAGUUGCAUGGAAACCAAAAAAUUACCACAAGAAGAUUUUCCUAAGGUGUUAAAACUUUGUUUACCGAAGGGACGCACUGUAAUCCGCCAUUAUGGGUUUAAUAAGAAUGACCCCAACACGGCCAUAAACAAUUAUUAUCAGAUUGGACAUUCAAUCGAUAUGAGAUUGUUCAUGACAGCGAAAUUACUAGAUCAUAUCGUAUCUGAACCUUUGUUUAACAUACUUCGAACGAAGGAACAAUUGGGCUACACAAUCGAUCACACUAUACACUACACAAGAGGAGUGCUUGGUUUCUCUGUAACAGUGGAAACAGAAGUCGGCAAGUCUAGUGCCGACCGGGUAGAUUCAAAGAUCGAUGAUUUUUUCGUGCAAUUUUCAACUAUAUUAAAGAAAUACACUGAAGAAGAAUUUGAAGAAUAUGUGACAUCAUUUGUGCAGUUGCUGACAGAAGAAGACAUCACAUUGUACGAUGAGACAAAUCGAAAUUGGGAGGAAAUCUCUCGAAACGAGUAUAUCUUUCAUCGCAAGGAGAAAAUGAUCGAGGUAGCAGAAACGAUUUCGAAAGAAGAAGUAGAGAGUUUCUUACACACAUACAUACUUGAUCAAGAUAAUGUGAGCGUACUGUGCACACAGGUAAUCGGACAUGGAGAUUCUGCUGACGAAUCAAUGGAAGAAGAAGACAAAAAAGAUAGUGACAACGAAAGUGACACGUCAUCAGAUGAUGACAGCGAUAGUGACUCUUCAUCGGAUGACGAGGACUGUUCAAUGGAGACUGUUAAAGGAUUUCAGCUCGUCAAUGUCACGAGUGAACGGUAUACACGCUGUGUGACGAAUAUUCAACAAUUUCAAAAGGAGAAUUCAUUUUUUCCACAUACGGUAUUAAAACUAUAGAAUAAGUUAUAUAAAUCAUUAUUUUUAAAAUCUCUGACUAGAUAUGAUAUAAAAACAAUUUGCGCACUCUCAAGUGUGAGGUUCUACGAGAAUUUGCUGGUUCUGUUAGUUUUGUUACACGUGAACCAAACACAGGUCGAGAUGGGAAACUAAAUUAAAGUCUUUUUAUGAUUUUUCCUUUUUCUAAAUUAUGUAUCCUAAUUAUUUUUUUCAGCAUGUCUGUUUCCAACUCGUAGCAUGCAAUCUGUCAGAUAUGUUUGAACUUGACCUUUAUGUGUAGGCUUACAAAAUAUUUUAGCUUUUUUUUAAAUUUAUAUUUAACCUUUAAUUCUCAUGAAUAUUUACGUCGUUCGUCGUUAAUAAAUUUUCCCAGGCCUAAGAUUCAGGGAUAAAAGGAAGGGAGGUGAUAAGUAAAGGAGACCUGGAGGUAAAUAAUAGAUGUUUUUUUACCUCUUUUAGUCAGCUUGUUUUUGUUUAUUUAUGGUACCCAAAAUUUAUUGAGCGCACUACAAAAAAAUAAAAAAAUAGUCGACCGCCCUGAUCGCAAUCAUCAUCUGUUGGUUAACGGUCGUUGGGUUUUUGUAGCGCUGGACUUCAAUUUGUCAUGUUUUCUAUUGUUUUUUAACACAAUAGAAAACAAACUUAGCGUAUUUAAAUUGCUCUGGUGGUUCUAGUGCCACUGCGGUAACGAAAUUAGCAAUGUCUUAUGCGUUUUCUGGAUUCCUUUCUAUCCCACCCACCCCCACCUCCUU